AUGAACGAACGCACCAAGUUUAGUAUUAUAACAUGCCCGUGCACUGUCGCGUCCCGUGAUCUAUUUCUUCAAAAGGAUCUCAGGGACCAUGAUGAUCCGCCACUUGAGUUGAUGACCCCUGUUCGUCACCCCCAGCGUGAUCGUUACAACGCGAAAGUAAAUCGAGCGUUGAAGUGUAUUUCCAGCGCUAGCUUCAUGCUGAAAGCGCUUUGUGACCCGGAGGGACUUAUGCAUGACAUUAUGUUCAACGAGGUAGCGCCGGAUGUAUAUGCCAAUAAUGAGUUGUCUCUGUUGUUUCAAUCAGAGUCACGACGAGCCCUCAUAGGCUUAUGUGCCGACGAGAGUCGAUUGUCCUCUUGCAAAGUAUGGGAAGCACUCAACUCGAGUCAAGUGGAAAAAGGCUCCCCGAGGAAGUCAGGGUUUCAGUUAGCCUACGACACCGAUCUAAAUAUCUACGAAUGGUGGCAAAAGGUGCGACCGGAUCUCGGCGCUCGAGGGGCUAUCGCGUUUACCGGCAAGGGACUCAACAUGGAGCAGUACCUAUCUCUGGAUGUGGGAGGGGGAGCCGGUGGUGCAACGUUGCCAUUCCUGAGGCAGUAUGGCCAUUUGAAUCUCCAAGUACAAGACCUUCCUGAGACUGAGAAGAAUUUUGACGCGUUUUUGCACGCGGAUUAUUCGGACAUUGCUGAGUCUGGUCGAGCAACAUUUCUCGCUCAAGACUUUUUCGAGCCACAAGCCACGCAAGGUGCCGAUGUUUACUUUUUGCGUCAUAUUUUGCACAAUUGGAACGACUCCAUGGUUGGCAAGAUUUUGAACAACUUGACAGCUGCAAUGUCGCUGGAAAGCAAGUUACUGAUUUGCGAGCACAUCCUCCUGCCCGUCUACGCAAGCCAGCAAGCUCGGGACCGAGUCGAGGAUAACGAUACAUUUUUUGCUCCACAUCCACUUCUCGCUAACUGGGGGGCAAGUUUUACCAGCAGGUUAGAUCUGCAGGUGCUGUCAAUUCUCGAUGCGCGGCAGCGCACGGCGGGGGAUUUUGAACGAUUAUUUAUUGCGGCUGGGCUUCGUGUUUCCCACACGUGGAGAAACAUGGGCGAUGACACAAUAUUGGAAUGCAGGCUUAUGUCCUAG